UUCACUUCAUUCACUUUGUCUUCACCACAUCGCAGAAGAAAAGAAAGAAAAUAUCCUCAAAGUAUUGGAAAAAUUGUUUCAGUGGAAAAUAUGUCUCUUAAAUAACAUCCGUAAUAACUAGAUAGCCUUUAUUAAAUUAACAUCGAAAAUGGUUACUAUUAUAAAGAAUCAGCUGUUGAAACACUUAUCGAGAUACACAAAGAAUUUAUCGCCAGAACAAAUCUCACUGUCGGCACUUCGAGGUUCUGGAGAACUGCAAGACUUGACAUUGGACGAGGAUCUGCUGACAGAUCUGUUAGAAUUACCUGCCUGGGUGCGGUUGAGUUCGGCAAAAUGCAAUCGUGCGUCAUUCAGAAUACAAUGGACCAAACUGAAAACAGUUCCUAUUGUUUUGAAUCUGGACGAAGUACACAUAGCGUUGGAAGUGUGUACGGAGCCACGCGUCAUGAACCCUGGUGCGGCAGGCGCUAUGCCUGUACCGGGUAAAUACAGCUAUAUACAUAAGGUUAUAGACGGUAUUUCAGUGGCUGUUAAUCAAGUACAAGUUGACUUCAAUUGCGAUGCCUUUACCAGCAGUGUUCAGAUCUCUAGAGUAACAGUAGAGUCCCGCACACCUGAAGGUAGGAAGGGAGAUCUCAGACUGACGAGAAUCAAGUCUCCCGAUACUGGACAACUUUUGAUAUUCAAGGAAUUGGAAUGGCAGAGCGCAAGAAUAGAGGCGAAAGCGUACGGCGAUGCGGCAGCUAACCUGCCACCUCUCCGCCUGUUGCUAGGCAACACGCACUGCAGGAUUGUUAUCAAGAAACGACUCUCCGACUGUGCGGUGACUGGUUCCCGGCUCGUGGUACGUCCGGAGCCGCUGGCGUGGGCGCUGACAGACGGUCAGCUGCGCGCCGCGCUCGCCUGCGCCGCCGCACUGGCCGGACCGGUGCGCCGCGCAACUCGCGCAGCCACACGAGCUGCCGCCGCACGCAAGAUCGAAGAGCCCCGCGAACAGAUCCAAAGUCGGGCGAGUACAGGCGAGCGGGAUUUGCUCGCGCGCAUGUUCGCCAAGCAUGACGUGCGUGAGACCUCGUACCACCUGCUCGCGCCCAGGAUUGACCUGCAUCUCUGUGAUGACCCUGGAUUGGGUCGUUCAGAGAUGCCGUCUCUGGGUAAAGGUGGUGCGCUGCAGGUGACACUGGUGAGCAUGCAGGCAGAUCUCUUCCCCUAUCACAAGGCUUCUGAUGAUAGGCGACAUUGGAGAGGAUAUAGGGAGGCGGCCACACCACACAGCCAGUGGCUAUCACAAGCUUUGUCGACCUUCUGCACGUCACUGCUGGACACAUUAGACCCUAGACCCCUAACACCCAGUAAUAAGCAACAAAGUCAUCAAGAGAAGACUGAAGCUCCGGUAUCUAAUGGACUUAACCACAAGACAACCGCAACUUCACCGCAGGCUGCACACAAUCCGUCCACUAAUGUUACCUCGCAAGCCUCUCCGACUCGUACUAGAAUACUGCAGCAACUCAGCAAGCUGAUGACGACCUGCCUCGUACUGAGGAUAGACGACUUCACUGUUAAUAAGGUAUCAACAGGAUCAAAAUCCCGAGAGACACCGCGCCCCCUCGUGAGUGCGGAGAAAGCGACGCUCCCCGGAGACGCGGGCUUGCUGCAUGCUGAACUGACCUUCUUCUAUUACCCUGGCGAUGUAUGCUUCCCUGUACCUGCUCCGAAGUUAUACGUGCAGCUGAGUCCAGUACGCGUGUCAGUGGAUGUGCCGAGCGUGGUGUGGCUCUCAGCGUUCUUGCCGCACGUGGCCCGAGCAGUCGCCACUGCGGCUGCAGCAGAUGACCAGGCCAGCUACAUUGAUGUACGCACAGAGGCUAUUAUGCCUAAGUUAGUGCUGGAGGCGGGUCCGGAGCACGUGUCGCAGCAGAGGGACCGACCCAAGGAGUUGCAUAUCUGUACCGCACGAGCCACAUUCACUAAUGUCCGGGAAUCGCCUAGAUCUAAUACGGCAGGCACUCGUGCAGACCUCGCGUCCAUAAUAUCGUGUGUGCGUCGUGCGGCGCCACGUGGGGGAGAGUUCCCCUGCUCACCGGACGACCUUGACCCCAUACAUGAGCAGUUCUUGCUGCAUGCUGAUAAUUUGGACGACAUAGACCGGGGUAGUGCUAUCUCCCCGGAGCUGCUGUGGCGCGAGAGCAGGUCGGUGUGGUGCGCACGCGUAGAGCCGUUGUGGGCGGAUUUCUGCGGCGCACGCGCAACUAACUACAAACCUGCGCCGCUGCUUGAUGCCACGCCCCUCACUGCUUGGCUGUAUUUCGAGGAGGGUUUCUCCCGUAUCUGGGUGAUCGGUCGCACAUGUGGACUAGCGGGGCUGCAGCUCAACCACUACCAGCUACUAUUCCUGCUGCGUACACUCGAGCGCGUCGCUGAGAUGAUGGCGUGGCUCGCGCAUGAUGCCGCGAGACAACCUGAUGGAGAUGAUGGGUCAAUAGUAGCAGGAAUCGUUGUCCCUGCGGUGGAGUUGACACUGGUGCUGCCGUCCAACUGCCCCGGCCAGGAGUCCUCCAGGGACCUCGACAGCGUGCCCCUCGACUCUUCCAGUCUACAAGACCUUAAAUUGGGUUCGGAGGCGACAAUGGCGCCCUCUAUGCAGGACCGUGACAGUGCUGUGCUGUCGCUGCCCGCUCCAAUAGAGGUUUGUAGUGCGCAGCCUCUACCUGCUGAAGAAGUACCGCCCAGUCCAGGGAUCGGCUUUGGAGGUUUCUCAUCAAUGCGUCGAGGUCUGACGUCACUAGUGACGUCACUUGACGCUCUGGGACGUGACGACUCUCGUAGCGACGCGGCCUCCACAGCCAGCUCGGACAGUGAGCGCUACGUGCUUGUCGGUCUCGCCGCGGAGUCGCCAGACGACGCUGACGUCGCAUUUAGGGAGUUCGAGCAGGGGCGCAUGUCGAGUGGGGUGGAGGUGGCGGCUGAGGUGGUGGAGCGCUCCUCCUCGCCCAGCGACCACUCACUCGCCAGCUCCUGCAGGAGACGAGACCUGAUAUCUACGUGUACGUGGCGUUUGAACAACAUUCACUUGGUGCAGCAGAGUGCAGGAGGCAAGUCCUGUCUCCGUGUUGCUGCUGACGACCUCAGCACUGACGAGUGCGCGGCCAUACCAUGGGACGAGUUCCAGAUACGACUCAAGAACAAAUUCUCGAUGCGUGCCCGCGCAUGGACGGAACCUGUCGUGGAUGAGACUGAGUUGACGACGAGAGACACUCCUCACGUUGCUCUCAGAUUGAUUAGAAAUGAACUACCGAAACAAGUUGAUGAAAAGGGAGAGUCUGGUCUAGCUUUAUACGAGGAACUACUAGAAGCUAGAGUACGGGAUUUGAGUAUAGCUCUCAACAUGAGCACCGCACUAGCGCUGGCUGAGUUCAUUGAAGAUGAAAUUAUUGCGCCUCCGAUGCCAUUAGAAGUACUAUUAGAAAAUGUAAAACUCCAUUUAAUCGAAGACCGUCCAACUCGUUCGAUAUCAUCUCCCCCACCACAACCUCUAGACAUGGAGCUGAGUUCACUGCGAGUGUCGCGCGACAGCACGGGCGUGGUCUACCUCGGCCCGCCCCUCGCCACGCCCUCCACUGUCACGUCACCGGCCACGCCCACUCCACAACACGACGACUCAGCAGACCGGAUAGAACAGCUCAGCAAAGAGAAUGAGGAAUUGAGGAAGCGCCUUGUCACCUUGGCUAGGAUAGCAGAGGAUAAUAGGGAGUUGAGAGCCAAAGUGGAAGAAGCGUCAGUAUUGAAGCAGUGUGUGCACGCGGCGCAGCAGGAGGCGGCCACAUUACUGGCCGACAAGCAGCAGCUGUUGGACGCCGUGCGAGUCUUGCAGGAGCAACUAAGUGGUUGUCGCAGCAAAAGGUAGCGGUCCCGCAGCGGCGCGCAGCACUGCCUCGACUGCACGGCGUGCUGCGGCGACCGACACUGAGAGCCCUCGCUGCGUACAUGUAGCACUGCGCCACCGCUCAGCCAACACUGGCCAACACUACGCUGUAACUAUAGGAUGUGCCACAUUCAGAUCUAAAUUUUGUAAACUUAUCUCUAAAAGAUGACACUUUGUAUUUUUUUUUGUAAGGAAAUUGUAAAAUAUAUGUGUACUAAUAAUAAUUAGUGAUGAAAUGUUGGUUUUUUUUAAUGGAAUUUAACGUAAAAGUUGAAGUUUACAAAGCUUAGGUCUUGUGUGUAUGUAAAAUUGCCUAGAUUAUUCAUGAGAUUUAAGUACAGUUAUAGUAUGUUUCAAAUAUCAUGGGAACAAGAGCGGAGUACAGAGAUAAUGGGGAGUGCAUUUCAAGGUCAACCGCCAAGAUAUUUGAAAAGAAAUAUACUUGUAAUAAAUAUAUUACUGCCAAUAAUGAAUUGAAACCCAGUGAUUUGACUAAAAUUUAGACUAGACUUUUGCAUAAACUUUUAUUGACACGGAAAAAAAAUCAUUGCUAAAUUCGUGGAUUUUUUUCUUUACCCAUCACUACAACGUUACUUAAUAAUAUUAUCAAAGGAACAUAAUAUUUUUUUCCAUGUCAAUAAAUAUAUUUCUGUUCACCAAAAGUCAGUAACAAGGCAACAAAUAAACUUAUACUAUAAUAAUAAGGUUUUUUAUACUCAUAUAUAUACUAGUUGUCACCCGCGACUCCGUCCG